AUGUCAGAAUCAUAUAUCGCUCCUUCAUUAAUCACGCCAGCUCCGGCUCCAGCCUUCAAUGCGAAUGUGAUUGAAAAAAGAGGAGCAGCACAGACCUGCGGUUAUGUCGGCGGCGACCCAAACUCUCCAUUAGUAUGCCCCGGAACGGCAUCGUGUACUUUUACCAAUUAUUAUUGGGGCUGUUGCAAUGCGCUCACCUGCGACACUCCGGCGGCAUGUGAGCUCGAUUCGGUGCCAUAUUGUGGAGGAGUUGCUUUUGCGAAUUGCGAUUAUCCUCAGAUCCGCCGAUGCUCUACUGCAUGCGUAACUUACAUUCGAAGCACGAAGAUUGGCGGCACGGAUCUUAUGACUUCAUGGAAUUGCGGUGCAACCGACGCAACAUAUUUCGUUUUGGCGACAACUACUGGAGGGGUUUCGACCGGGGGAGCCUUGACUGGAGGAUUAUUGACUGGAGGUGUCUCGACUUCGUCGUUGAGCACUAGCGCAACUCAGGCAGCGACAGGUACGAGCUCCCCAUCUUCAGCUACGGAAACCACAUCCACAUCUACUUCCAAGGCGACAAGUAGCUCAGCUACUGAUGGAUUCACAUUAUCACAUUCCUCACCUACCACCUCAGUCCCCGGCACCGGCACUAUAUCGAACGAAACCACAAGCCCCAGUCCAACAUAUACACCAAACUCCCUUACUCCAGGAGCGAUAGCAGGAAUAACAAUUGGCUCCAUAGCUGGAGCCUUGAUCAUCUGCGCCUUCAUAUACUAUAUUUUCAAUAAUUUUACUCUCAUCAGGAGAAAUCAAGACGACAGGCAGAUCACGGGUGGCGGUUAUACCAGCGGUGGAAUGCCCAAGCCGAUAUCGAAUUCUGGUUUUGAGAUGUCGGAUAGGAUGGCGGGUGGCAGCGAGUUUCAUGAUGAUCGUACCUGGGAUGGCCCGGCUGUAGAUGUUAGGAGUCAGACUUCUACUACGUGGUCGCAGCGAUAG